AUGAGGAUUACCUGGGGACUUGGCCUUGGCCGAGUCGAAUCCGUCGACCAUUACGCCGGCGUUCUCGUCCCUCUGGAAGAGGCUCACCUGCACAGUCACUCGGCCCGCACCGGCCGCGUCGAGUUUGAGGCUCGUGACUUUGACCUGGACGACGACGACGACGACGAGACCGGCGCGCGCAAGGACCGCGGUGAUGAGGAGGAGCGCGCGGGCAUGCUGGAGAUGGACGCCGCCGAGUACAGCAUCCACGGCCUGCGCAAGGCCAUGCGUGACGGCCGCGGCGGCGGCGCCCAGUGGAGCGAGUACGAGAUCAAGUCCAAGCUCAUCAACAAGGCCGUCCAGGACAUCGGCAUGGGCACCUACAACUGGCAGCUCUUCGUCCUCUGCGGCUUCGGCUGGUUCGCCGACAACCUCUGGCUCCAGGGCGUCUCGCUCACGCUGCCCUCACUGUCGGCCGAGUUUGGCGUCGACGAGAAGACGGUGCGCUACACCACCAGCGCCUGCUUCGUCGGCCUCUCCGCGGGAAGCUUCCUCUGGGGCAUCGGCUCGGACUUCCUUGGCCGCCGCAUCGCCUUCAACAUGACUCUGCUCAUUACCAGCGUCUUUGGCGUCAUGGCCGCCUACGCCCAGACCUGGGCCGGCGUCUGCUUCUUCUUCGCCGCCUUUGGCUUCGGCGUCGGAGGGAACCUGCCCGUCGACGGCGCGCUGUUUCUCGAGUUUCUACCGGACGCGUCAAGCUCGCUUCUCACGCUUCUGUCCGUUUGGUGGCCCAUCGGCCAGCUUGUCUCGUCGCUGGCGGCGUGGUACUUUAUCGCCAAUUGGCCUGUUGAGCAGGGUUGGCGCUAUUUCAUCGUCACCAUUGGCAUUGCCACUUUUGCCAUGUUUAUCGUCCGCUUCUUCGUCUUUCACCUUUUGGAGUCUCCAAAAUUUCUUCUAAACAAGGGCCGUCAGAAUGAGGCCGUGGCUGUGAUCCAUGGUCUAGCUUAUAGGAACGGCUGCAAGACCUGGCUCACGUCUGAGAUCCUCGACGAGGUUGCCGCCGAGGACUACCAGCACGGCGAAGGCUCGUCUACACAGCAAGAGUUCAACACGGCACCCACCAAGACCCUUCUCACGACCAAGUUGAAGGGCUUUUCUGCCGACCGAAUCCGGCCGCUGUUCCAGAACAAGACCCUCGGUCUCGCCACCGCCCUCGUCUGGUUUUGCUGGGCCAGCAUCGGCAUGGGCUACCCGCUCUUCAACGCCUUCCUGCCGCAGUACUUUGCCCGCACCAACGGCGCCGCCCAGGACGGCAGCCUGCCGUCCGAGACGUCCCCCAUCUCCGCCGAGACCUACCGCAACUAUGCCAUCACCUCCGUCAUGGGUGUGCCCGGCAGCCUGCUCGCCGCGUACCUCGUCGACCACCCGUCGCCAUUCCUCGGGCGCCGCGGCACGCUCGCCGGCUCCACGCUGCUCUCCGCCAUCUUCCUCUUCUUCUUUGUCCUCUUCGGCACCACGCCCACCGCCCAGCUCUUCUUCUCCUGCGUCGAGGCCUUUAGCCAGAACAUCAUGUACGGCGUCCUCUAUGCCUUCACGCCGGAGAUCUUCCCCGCGCCGGUGCGCGGCGCCGGCAGCGGCAUGGCGAGCUUCCUGAACCGCGUGACGGGGCUGAUGGCGCCGCUGCUGGCGGCCAACAUGCCCGGCGACAGCGCGAGCGGCCCAAUAUACCUGUCUGCGGUGCUCAUCCUUUCGGCGUUUGUGGCCAUGUGCUUGAUUCCUAUCGAGACGCGAGGCGCACAGCGUCUAUAA